CUGAAGAGGCACAUUUUAGCUCAUACACCACGCUGGGCAGCAGGGCCAGCGGGGAGGGUAAAACGUCCAGGAAAAUUCAGUAGUAGAUGCCCUGCCACGGAGGAGGGUGGCAGAAAAUCAUUUGCCACUUCAACUGAAUUCCUUUGAAAGAUGAGAGGGAAGAGUAAGAGAACACGCAUGUUGAGAGAAAUCCUCCAUGGAGCUUGAUGGGACUUCAGUGAGUUGCGGUCAAAGGAGUCUGUCUGCGACCUCCUUUUGAAACGUCCUGUGACUUUACUGGAAAAACUUUAAUGGAAAACGUCGGAUGUCCUUGAAACACUUUUAUAAGGAGUGAGAAGAGAGUGCAGACUUAUUUGAUUGGUUUAAUUUGAGGGGAUAGGGUAGAAGUUGAAGGUUUGCUUUAGAGAUUUUUGCUGAGGCCCCGUUUCUGGAUUGAAACUAAGGGGCGUUGAGGGUUGCUGAAGAAACCAUGGAUGAAGCUACAGAGCGGGGUCAGGAGGCAGUGAUGAACGAGGCUCUCGUUCACUUCGAGGCCACGCUGGAAGCCGCUGUAAGGGAGGUGCACGUGGACGUUAGUGCUUUCAAGCAUCGCAUUGAGCAGAGGAUUGAGGAAAUGUGCAUUUCCAAUGGACCUUUGGCUGAGGCAGUUACCAGACUCCAGGAGGAGAACCUGCAGCUCAGGGCCAAGCUGGAGGCCCUCAGCCACCUGGUGGAGGGUCUCCCAGGGGUGAAGACUGAGGCGAAAGGGAAGAGCAAGGAGCAAAGACUAGAGAACGGCCAUAUACAAAUUCAAUCCAAGAGCCAGGAGGAGCAGAAGGGUCUGUUUAACUCUGAAAACAACCAGCCGGGUCAGGCCACGUCCUACGAAGCGUCUGGGCUCAGUGGAGGAUCGAGCCAAGCUGCUACCCCAGCCCCUCCUCCAUGGAGAGCAAAGAGAAAUGCUGAGAUUAAUGGAACUGAAGCAAGAGGGGAGAAGAAUAUCGCUCAUGUAGCCACCACCGCGCAAGAGAAACAGGAAGACCCUGAUGUAACCCAGACUGCAGAAGCUGCUCCUGAGUCCCACCGAGCUCUGACCGCCAUCACCAAACCGACCUCAGAGUCUUCAUCUGUGGAAACGCCCAGCAGGCCCGAUGCUGAUGAACCCCAGCCUCAUCUUCCGGUGACGGCCAUGACAACUAGAGCCAGUUCAGAGGCAGCUAAACCCGCUCAGUCUGCAGCACCUAAAGCAGCAGGCGAAGCCGGAGAAUAUCCUUUUAUAAGAGGUGGAGCGAAGGAACAAAGGCCCCAGGCAUCCCAGGAUCAGUCAGCCUCUGUGUCUCAGACUCUCCCCCAUCUUCCUCUCACAGUGUUAACCAAAAGCAGCUCUGACACUCCUGCUUCAUCUAAAUCUGAUCCCAAAGCGGUUUCAGCGCCAAACCCUUCGAUGCCAGAGUCACCGACGAUAAAGCGCGGCGAAUAUCCAUUUAGACGUGACACCAGUGAAGCCAAGCCCCACUCGCCUCUCUCUGCCAUGACCAAACCCAACACAGAGUCGUCUUCGUCUGCUUUAACGGUUCAGUCUUCAAGCCUUUCAGCUUCACAGGACGCUGCAGUGAAACCUGGAGAGUAUCCCUUUAAACGUGUGCCAGUACUUAAGACACCCAGCCCCAGUUUAAAGAGAAGUGUGAGCUUCCCUCAGUCUGCAGAAAAAUUACUUCCCUCCAAAUCAAUCAUAAAAUCUGGCUUCUCACCUAAUUUGGAAAAGAGAGCGAACAAGCCAGUGGGGGGCGACUUUAAGCAGGACGUGAUAAAGUCCCAAACGCUUCCACGCUCCAAUGGCGCUCAAGCAAAGCGAGCCUUGUUUGAAAGGAUGAACUCAGAGCCUAUAAAGCCAAAAGACUCGAAGCCUAAACUGAAGCGGUCUCAGAGCUUUGGCGUGUCCAGUGCCAGUGGUAUAAAACAGAUCCUCUUGGAGUGGUGUCGCUCCAAAACCAUUGGCUAUCAGAACAUAGACAUUCAGAACUUCUCGUCCAGCUGGAGCGAUGGGAUGGCCUUCUGCGCCCUGGUCCAUUCCUUCUUCCCUCUGGAGUUUGACUACAACUCUCUGGACUCUUCAAACCGCAAACACAACUUGGAGCUGGCCUUCACCACCGCAGAAGAGCAGGCUGACUGUCUGCGUCUGAUCGAGGUGGACGACAUGCUGGAGAUGGGGGACAAGCCAGACCCCAUGUGUGUGUUUACAUACGUCCAGUCUCUCUACAACCACCUGAAGAAGUUUGAAUAACUCUUGAAUCAGAGCACGUCCCGAAGCCUACAUGGCGCUGACCACGGUGUGCUGUGAACACUUUGAGCCUAAAGUGAAGCAAGCUAACAGGAAAUCUCAGUUGUCUGUGGCCAAUCACAAUUAUGUUCAUCAGUUUUAUACUGUGUGUGUGUACCUGUACUCACCUGCUUCCCACAGUUUCUUCAGCAUUUAUAGUGGAUUUCUUAAAAUAUAGUUUCCUGUGGCUGUUUCACAUCAAAUAAGGACACAAACAUCACAUGUAAUAAAAGGAAGCGUUGUCUGCAAAUGA